GUCGCUUCCGUUUCCAUUUCAAGCCUGCAACUUUACACGUCGAUUUCCCGUUGCUUUUGGAUAAAGCUUUUUGUGCCCUUUCCUUUUUGUGCACUCUGCUUCUUUUGCUGUGUUUGGGAGGAGGUGUUUUUCGUUUUCAUUUUUCUCGAGAAAAUCCGAAGGAAAGUGAAGCUGAAGAGAUAGGUUUUUAAGCAAAGGAGAAUUAAAUGGCUGAGAUUUUGACCAAGACCAGUUUGGUUUCUUCUUGGCAUGUGAAUAGAGAACAGCAUCAUCGAAGGGUAUCCAUGGUUCCCAAGAAUUGUAGCUUCAACUCUGAUGUGGGAAGCUUCCCUUCUUUGAAGCUAAAAUCUCAGAUUCUCAGAUCUUCUUCCUUUUCAUCUGAGUUUCAUGGCAAAAAACAUGUCUUUCGUGUAAAAAGAGCAAUACCCAACAGGGUCAAUUCACAAUUUCAAACUUCAACUGGUGCUCAGAUGACCCUGAGAAUAGGGAAAGUUCAGAAGUGGUGGGAAAAGGGACUUCAACCCAACAUGAGAGAGGUUACUUCGGCACAAGACCUUGUGGACUCACUAUCAAGCGCAGGGGACAAACUUGUUGUUGUUGAUUUCUUCUCCCCUGGUUGUGGUGGAUGCAAAGCCCUUCAUCCUAAGAUCUGUCAACUGGCUGAGAUGAAUCCUGAUGUUCAGUUCCUUCAGGUGAACUAUGAGGAGCAUAAAUCUAUGUGUUAUAGCCUUAAUGUCCACGUUCUUCCCUUUUUCCGCUUCUAUAGAGGUGCUCAUGGUCGCUUAUGCAGCUUUAGCUGCACAAAUGCCACGAUCAAGAAGUUUAAAGAUGCAUUGGCCAAACACACCCCAGAUAGAUGCAGCUUGGGCCCAACUAAAGGGUUAGAGGAGAAAGAGCUCAUAGCUCUGUCUGCCAACAAAGAUCUUUCCUUCACAUACUCACCAAAACCCUUUCAACCUGUGCAUGCCCCUGCAAACGAUGAGCUAGCAGUUGAAGCUGCUCCUGCUGCACCUUCUAGUUCAGAGUCCCUUCCUUUGUAUCCAUUGACACCCAAUUCUGAGGUUUCUAAAGAGAGAACCCUGACCAUGGCUGGGAGAUGAUGUGGUUAGUUUGUAAGCAACCCCAUCUUCUGACUUCAUCCCUUGUACAGUGUAGGUUUGGUGUAAUAUCUUAACGUAGUAUAUACUUGUGAGAAUGAAGAUAUCAUUGAAGAUCAAGUCGCAUAGUGUGUAUUCCUUCUUCAAGGCAGUUGGAUUUAUGUUUUUUUGGAUCCAUGCCUUUGUAAUAUUAGGGAAGUUAGAAGCUGUAGAAUUAUUAGUUUCUCUUUUUUUUGUAUAUGAGGAAUCAAUCUCUACUGUUGUAAAAUGAAUGUUUUAUUUCUUAGCCUAUUAUUUCUUGUGCGAUUUAUCUUUUCCUCAGUUUUCCAGAUGUGGAAGUAGGGGUCAUAAUUAUGCUUUGAUAUGCAUGGUAACAUAUGAGGAAUGAGAAUGGAUC